ACUGCAAUUCCUUUGAAGAGUUUCCGUGGAGUUUGCGUGAGUUUCCUGCUAGAGGGCCAAAAAGUGUGUUGUUUGAACGUCAUGGCACUGGAGAAAAUUGCAAAAUUUCGUCUAAUUAAGAAUACAAGUAGUUUGUUCUCUCGGCUCCUGGUUGCCUCCUCUGUCGAGACGUUCUUACCUACUUCCCGGAACUUUGCGCAGAGGCUGGAAAGCUCCCCACGGAGACCCAUAGUGUCCCUUUCACGGCACUUUUCUAGUCAGAACACCACCAAAAUCCCCUCGGAUUCCCUUGAUGAUUUCAGGGCUAGAGAGGAGGCCCGAGAGGCUGAAUUUGAAAAGCAAAAUCGUGCUGAGGAAGCUCAGAAUGAGGCCAAGGAGUCUCCCGUGGACGAGGAGCAGGAAAAGGUGGAUAGAAUGCGUCAAGAAAUCCUCAGGGCCGCCUUAGAAUUUGCCCCGAGUGUCGGAUGGACACGAGAGGCUAUUACGAAAGGUGCUGAAAGCAUUGGGUAUCCGGGAGUUGUGCAUGGAAUGUUUCCGGAUGGUGGGGUUGAGCUGAUUCAGUAUUUCUACUCGGACUGCAAUGCUCGUCUGGUGGAGUGGCUUCAGAAGGAGACUGAGGGAGUGGAAAAAGUGCCCAAUCCCAGUCAAUUUGUCUGCCGUGCCAUUGAGACACGUCUGAGGAUGCUCCAACCGUAUCUGUCCACCUGGCCACAAGCCAUCGGUAUACUCUCUCUGCCUCAGAAUGCUCCUAAAGCUCUCAGCAAUCUUCUUACUCUUGCCGAUGAUAUUUGCUACUACUCAGGAGAUAGAGCUGUGAAUAUUAGCUGGUACACGAGACGCGUGGGUGUUGCAGGGAUUAUUAAGAUUACCGAGCUGUAUAUGCUCCAGGAUAAGUCAAUGGAUCAUCAGGCCACGUGGAAGUUCUUGGAGAGGCGCAUGGAUGACGCUGUCUUCCUGCACUCCUUCUUCAUGCAGUCCGACGAGGCAAAGAAUCAGAUGCAGAAAGCCAUCACGACCGCCUUCGAAACGGGAAGAAAUAUGCUGGGAUUGAAUUACAAGCGAUAGUGAAUGAGAAAGAAAAAAAUGCUUGAAUAACGUUUAAAAUGUUUAUUCACUCAGCCAAGUUUGUGGGCUUUUUCCGGUGUUGGGCUACCCAGGAAGAUAAGCCUGGGAGAAAAAGCCCCAAGAUAAGGCGGAUAAAUUAGAUUGAGAAAUAAAAUUAGUAAAAUAUUGUUACAAA